GUCUCGAGGCACCUGGAUAUUUAUUAUGAAAAUGGCGUCUAGUGCGAAUACAGAAGCUUGUUAUGUUGCACUUCUAGGUUUAGCAGAGAAUUUCAGGACAUCAAACCCCCCAAAUAUAAAACUUUGUAUACAUUGUUUACAAAGUAUUCUCACACUACAGUUAGCCCCGAAAGUAGAAACCAGGACACGUGUCCAAUUGGGCAAUAUCUUAAUUGCACAUACAAAAAAUACUGACCUGGCAAUUUCAAACCUGGAAAAGGCGUGGGAAUUAGCAUGCAACACUAGAGAUGUAGACGAUGUUAAAUUUGAGUCAGCAAGUGUCUUAGCACAGAUAUAUGAACAACAGACUCAAUAUGAAUUGGCUAAGCCAUUGUUACAGACUGCACUGGAUAUGUCACAGCAGUCACCAUACUGGCAUUGUAGAAUACUCUUCCAGCUGUCUCAAUUACAUGCUAUAGAAAGAGACUUCCCUUCAGCAGUACGACUAUUGACAUCAGGAAUUGAAGUGGCAGGGAAGUCUAGAUCAGAAUAUACAAAACUGUUGUUCCUGCUCAGCAGAGGAAUGCUUCUGCUGAUAGACAAGAAGACUGGUGAUGUCCAUGAAACACUUACAACAGUCAGUUCAUUGAUAGAAACUUAUAAUGGACCCACAAUACAGAAAGAAUCUCUAAAAGUCUUCUUCCUUAUAUUACAAGUUUGCCAUUAUCUAAUGGCUGGUCAGGUUAAAAGUGUUAAACCAGCAUUGAAGAAUUUACAACAAAUUAUACAGACCAUAACACAGUUACAUACAGAUGAAGAACCAGAUUCCUCCAACCCAGUAGACUUAUUCCAAUGGUUACCUAUAGAACAUAUGUGUGUAUUAGUAUAUUUGGUAACAGUAAUGCAUUCUAUGCAGGCUGGUUACAUGGAUAAGGUACAGAAAUACACCGAUAAAGCUCUCAUGCAGAUAGAAAAACUCAAAAUGUUGGAUGCUCACCCUAUUCUGUCUUCCUUUCAACUUAUGUUAUUAGAACAUAUAAUAAUGUGUAGACUGAUCAUGGGUAACAAGACUGUUGCCAUACAAGAGAUAUUUCAAGUCUGUCAUGUCUGUCAGCAACAACCAAGGUUAUUUACCACUCAUGGUGCACAGAUUCAUACCUUACUGGGUUUAUAUGCAAUGUCCAUGAAUUGUAUGGAGGCCGCAGAAUCACAGUUUCACACAGCAAUAAAGUUAUCAAGAGGUACAGAGCUAGCAGCAUUCAUUAAUUUAAAUUUAGCAAUAAUAUACAUGAGAUCAAACAGACAGGAUGAACUGCUUCAAAUAUUAGAAAAAGUAGACCCAGAAAAACUACAGGCGCAAUCACAUGGUUUGAAAGCUUCGGCAAAUUAUGUGAGAGGAUUGCAGUCAUUUUUCCAAGCGAGAUACAAUGAAGCCAAACAUUAUCUAAGAGAAACAUUGAAGAUGGCAAACGCAGAGGAGAUAAACAGGAUGACAUCUUGUUCACUCGUUUUACUGGGCCAUAUCUUCCUGUCUAUGGGUAAUAAUACUGAAUCGUUAAACAUGGUUACACCGGCAAUGAAGUUAGCAGGAAAGAUACCUGAUGUUCAUGUUCAGUUAUGGGCUUCAUCUUUACUCAAAGAUUUAUAUAGGUUAAGUGGUGACAAGGCACAGGAAGAAGAAGGAUGCAGGUUACAUACAAGUUUUUCACAGUCAUUACUCAAAGAUCAUUUCCAGUCAUCACAGUUGUCUGAACAUGGUCUUAUUCAUUGGACAGAAGGAACAUGUCCAUUUCAUCUCAAUACAACAUAAACCAUAUAGAGGGAAAUACAGUAUCAUUUAAAUUAGCAUGGGCAGCAUAAUGUACGAUAGGGUGGAACAAUAAAUAUCUUGCUGUGAAAUAUAUUGAUAUGACUGUCCAACAUGGGUAAUUAACAUGGGUAAUGAAGAAGUAAUGAUGUUGAAGUUCCUUCAGUUUAGGUUUUUGUUGUCAACAAUCAAUCUAAGAUUUGUUUUUUCAUCAACCAAAUUAUAUGUUAUAUAAUUUUGUUCUUCUAUGAAGAAAUUUUUCACUGUUUCACUAGUUGGGAACAUUAGUCUGUAAGUGCUAGAAGUCAUUUGAACAGUUAUUUUACAAGUUGUAUUUCUUUACAUGGAGACAUUAGGUAAUAUGUGAACAGUGAAUUGUGCUUUUAAAAUCAUGAAGUAAAUAUGCUUGCAUUACUUUUUAAAUAGACUCUAAUAUAAUCAAACAAUAUUUUAUAUUGAUUUAACCAUAGAAGAUUUUUGUUUAGUUAUCAGACUGACUGAAAAAAAUAGUUAUGAUUGACUUUACAAGAACUAGUAGAAAAAUCAUAUUUUUGAAAGGUUAUUUUUUUAGAUAAUUUUUUUCUAGCCAAUAUUAUCCUUUCAUUAUUUUGAAUUUCAUUACUUCAUCUUUCUGAGAGCAAUGAUUUUGCCUUAGUUUUGCUGCAAAAUUUUAUAUAUAACACCUUAGUUUGUUCAAAAUGUUUUUGAAGACCACCCUUGCAGUUUCCAUCGGACAAGGAGAGAUAGAUUAACAGUAUGUUAAAUCCACUUAACCAUUUGUAACCAGAUUUGGCAGGAAUGAAAAUAAACUUUAUUGGAUUAUUGUGUAUUCAUUUGAAAUAAGAAAAUGACAUUUUGAUUAUUGAUUAUUGCAAAAGUAAUCUUUUUUCAGCUUGACUGCAAAAUAAAUGUUAGUGAUAAUUUUUGUCUCGCCUUGAUGGAGUCAAAAAGCGAGACAUAGGUAUGCUGUUUCCGGCGUUGGCGGCGACUGCGUGGUCAACAAUGUAUUAGUUUGUGAUUAGGUCUAGUUCAUGGUGAACCACUAGUGGUAGGUCAAUGAUAUUUGGUAUGCAGUUGUAUUAGCAUUGGCACAUCUCAUUACCAUGGAGGUUAUUUGGCCCUACCCCCUCAGUCAAGGUCUAUUGACUUUGAAACUUUGCUUAGUUUACAUGUAUUAGUUUGUGAUUAGGUCAGUUUAUGGGGAACCACUAGUGGUAGGUCAAUGAUAUUUGGUAUGCAGUUGUAUAAGCAUUGGCAUAUCUGAUUUCCAUGGAGAUUAUUUGGUCCCGCCCCCUCAUUCAUGGUCUAUUGACUUUGAAACUUUUGCUUAGUUUUCAUGUAUUAGUUUGUGAUUAGGUCAGUUUAAGGGGAACUGUUAGUGGUAGGUCAAUGAUAACUGGUAUGCAGUUGUAUAAGCAUUAGCACAUCUCAUUUCCAUGGAGAAUGUAUUGGCAUUUGCAAGUUUCAUUUCCAUAGAGAUUAUAUAACCCCACCCCCUAAUUAUGGUUCAAUGACUUUGAAACUUUUACAUAGUUUACAAGUUAAUGUUUGUGUUUAGGUUUGUUUAAAGGGAACGACUUAUGAAAAGUCAAUGGUAUUUGGUUUGCAGUUGUAUUAGCAUUGGCACAUCUCAUUUCCAUGGAGAUUGUUUAGCCCUGUACCUUCAGUCAUGGUUCAUUGACUUAUAUUAUUUGUAUAACUUACAUGUUAAAGUAUUGCUAUUUUAAUUUCAACAUUUGCAUUAUCAAAAUAACAGAUAGGCGAGACAUAUCUCUGUUUUAACAGUUUAUUUAGACAAAACAGCAGUAAUGACCUGGAAUUUUUGUGUGGAUGGAAAUGGUUAUAUGUGUACACUAUUGUAGAUUAAUAAAAAGAUUCUGUUUAAGGAAUGGUUUUGAAUAAGAAUUAAAUUGAUUUAAAAAUAUUGUCCAUGAUGAAAAUUGGUCAUUUUGAAUGUAUUAUAGAUUUUAUGAUUAUAUUUUUGAUGUAUAGUAUUUUACAAAUUGUACAUUCUUGUAUUUCUAUUUUAUACUAUUGUAGCAUUUAUAAAAAGGAAAGUUCAAUAUCUACAUACACUUUUAUUUCCUUAAUAUUUCAUUGUUUGAUUUUAAUUUGUUUUCGUAAAGGAUUAUGUUUGUUAACAUGUUAAAUGGUACACAACCGUUUAAAUUUACUGAUAAGAUUUUCACACCAG